AUGGACACCGACACAGCCAAGCGGCCAGUCUACUUUGAUGACCAUGAUCUCGAGACUUCCAAGCUGGAGAAGGUCGACUCUCCAGCCACAUCAGACGACAAUGAUCCCUUCAACUGGUUCACGCCUGAGCAAGGUCGAAAGAUCAAGCACAAGAUCGAUCGACGGCUAGUACUUAUGCUUGGAACAAUGUAUUGUGUAUCCCUGAUGGACCGCACGAAUUUGUCGAAUGCUGCUAUCGCUGGCAUGAGAACUGAUCUUGGCCUGACUGGAAAUAACCGCUACGCCAUCAUUACCCUGGUCUUCUUUGUAACGUACACGAUCCUUCAACCACUCGCCACACCCCUCACCAGGAAGAUCGGUCCACGGGUCUUCUUGUCGACCAUUUGCACUCUCUGGGGUAUCGUUAUGAUUGGAAUGGGCGUUAUCAACAACUGGACUCAGCUCGUUGGUCUGCGUGUCGUGCUCGGUGUCUUCGAGGCAGGCUACUUCCCUGGAGCUGUAUACCUACUCUCCACGUGGUUCGUACGCUAUGAUGUGGGCAAGCGCUACGCUGUAUUCUACAUGAUCGGUUCUUUGGCCUCUGCGGCUUCGGGUAUCCUUGCAUAUGGUCUCAUGCAGAUGCAAGGCCUGGCUGGGUACAGCGGAUGGAGAUGGAUCUUCAUCAUGGAAGGUAUCAUCACCGUCCUCAUCGGCCUGGCAGGCUUCAUUUUCGUGGUAGGCUUCCCAGACCAGGAAGCGUGGAAGACCUGGGGCUUCCUCAACGAACGCGAAGUACGCUAUGUCAUGGCCACCGUCGAUCGUGACCGCGGUGAUGUAUCGACCGAAGCUUUCACCCUGAAGCGCUUCCUGACUCCAGCACUUGACGCCAAAGUAUGGGGCUUCGCCAUGAUCUUCCUUUGCACAACUAUGAUCGCAUACGCCCUGGCUUUCUUCCUGCCCAUCAUCCUCAGGCUUGGCAUGGGAUUCUCCAUCGCGGAGUCGCAAUGCUUGGUCGCUCCGCCAUAUGCCUUUGCGGCUGUGGUCAUGUACGCCGAGUCUUGGCUAGGCGACAAGUACCACGUGCGGGGACCCCAGCUCAUCUUCAACGCUGUCGUCGCCAUCGUGGGGCUCGUCCUGAUGGGCUGGACCCAAGCAAGCGGCGUGAGAUACUUUGGCGUCUUCAUCUGCUGCGCUGGUGUGCAGGCGAACGUUGUCAUGGCUAUGUCCUUCCAAGCCAACAAUAUCCGAGGACAGUGGAAGCGUGCCUUCUGCUCGGCCAGUCUGGUCGGCUUUGGCGGUAUCGGUGGUAUUGCUGGCUCGUUGGUGUUCCGAGAGCAAGACAUUCCACGAUACCGGCCAGGACUGUGGGCUUGCAUCACAGCUUGCUUGAUCACGGUGCUCAUCACUUCGGUUCUGCAGUUCGUGUUCUGGAAGCAGAACAAGGCUGCUGACCGGGGCGAGAAGGAGAUUGAGGGUGGUGGUCCAUCCUUCCGUUAUACUUUGUAG